AUGAGUGAAAGAGGACCAGAUUUAUGGCUUGAAGAAGUCAAGAAAUGUCAAUCAUUACCAGAAUCAGAUAUGAAGCAAUUGUGUGAAAUGGUUAAAGAGCUAUUAAUGGAGGAGUCAAAUAUCCAACCAGUGCAAAGUCCAGUCACUGUUUGUGGUGAUAUUCAUGGACAAUUCCAUGAUUUAUUAGAAUUGUUUAGAACAAGUGGUGGAUUGCCUGAUAAUGUGAAUUAUAUCUUUUUAGGAGAUUAUGUUGAUCGUGGUUAUUUCAGUUUAGAGACUUUUACUCUUUUGAUGUGUUUAAAAGUUAAAUAUCCUUCAAGAUUAACUUUAGUGCGUGGGAAUCAUGAAUCAAGACAGAUUACUCAAGUUUAUGGGUUUUAUGAAGAAUGUUUAACCAAAUAUGGUUCGACAACGGUUUGGAAAUAUUGUUGUCAAGUUUUUGAUUUCUUAACAUUAGCUGCCAUAAUUGAUGGUAAAAUAUUAUGUGUUCAUGGUGGGUUAUCACCAGAAAUUAGAAUGUUGGAUCAAAUUAGAGUAUUAUCAAGAGCUCAAGAAGUUCCUCAUGAAGGUGGGUUUUGUGAUUUAGUUUGGAGUGAUCCUGAUGAAGUUGAUACAUGGCAAGUUAGUCCAAGAGGUGCCGGUUGGUUAUUUGGUAGUCGAGUUGCUCGUGAAUUUAAUCAUGUGAAUAAUUUACAAUUGAUUGCUAGGGCUCAUCAAUUGGUGAUGGAGGGGUUUAAAUAUCAUUUUAAAGAAAAAGAUGUUGUCACGGUUUGGAGUGCACCAAAUUAUUGUUAUAGAUGUGGUAAUGUGGCAAGUGUUAUGAAGAUUGAUGAUGAUUUAGUUCCAAAAUUUAAAAUAUUUAGUGCAGUACCUGAUGAUACUCAAAAGAUGGCUCCGCAAAAGACUCAAAGAAGUGAAUAUUUCUUGUAA